AUGAUGGGAUUCAAUGGCAUGAGCGUUUCGAGCAGUACAUCGAGGUUCAUGAGAGAACACCUGCAGCCUGUACCUUGUGUUAUCGUUGAACGUUACAGGCUUAGGGAAUGCCAACAGCAGGAGAAUCAGGAUAUUAAAGGGUUUGAGGCAGACCUAAAAAGACUAUCAACGUAUUGUGAGUUCAAGGCUAACCGCGAAAAUAGCCUGAGGGAUCAAUUUGUCUGGGGGCUUGCAGAAGAGAACAUUAAAAAACGCUUAUUGGGAGAGCGAGAUCUAACCUAUCAACGUGCACUGGAGUUGGCGUUUUCCUGGGAAGCUGCGAAACGAGACGCAGCCGGGAUGAAUGCAGGAAAGGAGAAUAGCCUCAACUUUGUCUCAACGAAGACGGAAAACAAGUCCAAGAAGCUAAGCGAAAAGUGCGGAGAAGCGGGUAAUUUGAGAAAGGCAUGUAAGCAAGGGAGCAGUCGUAGUGAGAAUGAUCAGGCUAAAAAAGGGGCGCGACAAAAUUUUGUAGAAGAAGUUGAUAAUUUGUCCGAAGAUUUCAAAAGGUUAUGUAAUAUUAAGUCGGUGCAUGCUCUGAAACCGGAGAAGCCGCUGGAGGUUAUGUUGACUGUUCAAAACACCCAAAUGUCGUUUAAGAUUGAUACGGGUUCUUCGUUAUCGGCGGUUUCUUACGAAAAUUAUGUGGCUUCGAAGGAAUUGAGAGUUUUGCGAACCAAGCCAACUGCGAGAGUUCUUAGAGCGUACCCGGGAGAUAAAAUAAUUCCAAAGGGUAUCAUUAAUGUAAAUGUGGUGGUUCAAAACGCGAUUUUUGAUGAGUUUAAAGAUGUCUUUUCUGAUACACUCGGUUGUUAUAAUAAGCGUAAAUUUAGCUUGCAACUUAAAGAAGGAACAAUACCAGUGUUCAAAAAGCCGAGCCUGUACCAGCCAGUUAAAUCGAGACAGUGGGCAACGCCAUUGGUCCCGGUGCUUAAGGCUAACGGCGAGAUUCGCUUGUGUGGUGACUUUAAAGUAACCGUUAACCCGUGUUUGGAAAUUGAUCGACACCCCAUACCUCGAUUAAGUGACUUGAGCACUAAGCUGGCUGGGGGAAAGAUUUUUAGGAAACUUGAUAGGAAUCAAGCAUAUCAACAAGUGUUAGUCGAUAAUGAAUCCAAACAGCUGCUUGUUUUGUCAACACAUAAGGGUCUUUACGCCUGUAACCGGUUAAUGUACGGAGUUGCGUCUGCUCCUGGUUUAUUCCAGCGUGAAAUUGAAACUCUUCUACACGAUAUCAAAGGAGGAGUACCUUAUUUUGAUGACAUUUUUAUCUCUGGUCCAACCAAAACUGAACAUGAUAAAAGCCUACGUGAAGUAUUGAAAAGAUUGCAAGAAUGUAAUUUAACGUUAAAGAAUAAUAAAUGUUCUAUUUCUAAAGACAAAAUUACAUUCUUGAGGCUUGAGUUAGACGCAGAAGAUCCACCCCGCAUUGUACAACAGGUGUUAGCCCAGCUGAAUUACAACUGGACAGAAUCCAACAAAGAAGUUAAGCUACAUUUGGAUCAAAUUCGUCCAGGUCUAAGAGAUAGUCUCUAUAUCUAUGUAGAUGACUUUAGCGAUCAGCUGUUAAAUGAUACUGCUAAAGCACUCGAUGUCAAUCCCGUACCGGAACCUAAGACUGUCGCGAGCGAAACGUUGCCUGUGCUUUCUAAAAAAGACCCUGCAGCGAGCUCAAAUUGGCAGUUGGUCUUACGUCGCUCAUCGCGCAUCAAAAAGGCACCGGAAAGACUUGAUUUGUAA